UCUAUACGAAAUUCUUCUUUUCUCGUAUCAGAGCUGGUUUUGCAAAUAAAAUAUCUUUUUUAUCGCUUGCUUUUUUACCGGAAUUCAAAGUUAAUAAUUUGACAACACUUUUUUAUCUAUAAUCAGGAACUAGCUUGAAUCUUGGACAAAUUGAUGUACUGCGAAUCAGCGUUCUACUGUGAGUUACAACCGGUGUCGUGGAAACUGCAUUUUAUGCGGGAUAAAUAAAACACCAUAUAAUCAUGUGUGAUUCGGAGAUGGCGGAAAAUUGAAAAUAGCAAAACAUGGCGGCUGCGACUAGUGCAUUUGACUCUUGGCUUAACACAAAGUUAAGAGCACUGAAGACGGAUGAAGGAGUAUUCGGGUCUUAUAUCAAAGGAAUUUUGGAGGGCGAUGAAUCCGAAGAUGAAAAGACCGAAGCUCUCGAAGGCAUACUCGCCGGCAUAACGGAGGAUAAUAUAAGUAAACAUGUGGCAGAAAUAUUAGCAGCUUGGGCAAAGUGGCUGCCCAUAGAUGAUGUCGCUGGAGCAACAGCCCCUGCGGAAGACGUCGAUGUUCGGCUGGCUCGGAUGUUGGAAUCGCAGAGUUUUCCUACGACUACGCAGAAGAGCUACACGGAGGAGGAGAGACGAAUAAGAGAAGCGAUCCUCGCACAGUACAGUGAAAUGCCGGAUCAAGAUGAAAGCGAGGGAGAAGGAGAGGAGGAUGGAGUUGGCGGUGGAGAUUGUGGAAUCGAGAAGAACACAAACGCAGCAGCUAUCAUUCAACAAGGAAAAGAGAGGCGAGAGAAAGCUAAACUCGAGAGUCAAAAGAAGAAAGAGAAAGACAAAGAGGAUCGAGAGAAGCAAAAACAAUUGAAAGAGGAGAAAAAGGAAAAGAGGAAGACACAGAAAGGCGAGCGAAGGAGGUAGCAUCGAAACAAAAGCUCCGCCAAACUUUCUUCAAAAGCCCAAAUCAUUGAAAACUGUCUUAUGCUUGCAUAAACGCAUAUUCAUAUAUAUAUAUAUUUAUAUAUAUAUACCUAAGCAUGUGUACAUAAGUUUAUAGGAAUUCGUCAGUACACAUACGUACAAGUCUAUUUAUUCUUGUCAUGCAGUGAUCUCCAGCAGCGACAGAAACUGAUCAGUUUCGAAAGGCGUCAAUUCAAAGUUGCCAUAUACACAAACCCAAAGCAUCUUGUAACAAGUUAUGCUCUGAGAUGCAUAUAAUUUUCCUUAAAAAGAAAUAAUUGUGAUUCGUCGACACGUCAGGGGAGACAGACGUCUUGUGUCGCUCGCCCUGGCAAAACUUUUAGCUCGUACAAUAAAUCGAUGCACAGUGCUUGGUUGUGUGUUGAAUCGUUUUCUAUUUAUAACGUGUUAUCGUUUGUUAGACGACUCUAGGACUAUCUCUUUGUACCUUUCGAAUAGGUUUCCUUUAACUAGGUCAAUCUCUUGUACUUAAUGCUAUGUUAA